AUGAAGCCGUCGAUGUGCUCGCUGAAGACCGACACGAGCUCGCCGAGCCUCCUCCUAUUGAUGAUAUGCGUGCAGUUCGCGGUCUCGUUUUGGAUAUUCGUGAUGGCGACAGUGGGCGUCUCGAUCGGAGCGCCGGUGGCGAGCUACUUCCUGCUCGCCCUGUUGCAGACGAUCAUAACUAUGCCGGGCGUCGUCUAUUUGUUCAUCAAGAGUGAAAUCUGCGUCGCCUUGUAUGCCGCGUGUCAGCUCGUCUGCGGCGCCUCGGAGCUCUAUUGGAUGUUCUACCUGAUGGCGCAUGAGUUCCCAUUCUCCUCGUGGAUCAGCUUGUUGAUUCUGUCCUCUGUUCAAAUUACCGCCACCCUCAUCGCGUUGCUAUUCAAGGAUUUGAAAGUGAGGCGCUCGAAGGUCAAGAAGGCGGCGAGGAGAUCCGGCGAAGAGCCUUCGACGAAAUCUUCACGAACACCGGAGCGGUCUCGAAGCGAUCGAUCGCGUGAGAAGGUUGUGAAGCCGAAGGUCUCGCAGCCGAAGCCGAAACCGAAGAAGAAGAGCAAUAGUGGGAGCAGUAGUAGCAAAUCAGUGAAAAAGUCAUCCAAAAGCCAAUCGCCGAAAUCAUUUGCCAAGGAUCGCAUGGAAUCGGAUCGUGAGAACCCGUAA